CGCGCGCGGGCGCGCGGAGGUCUCUCUCUUCCGGCAAGCCUCGAACGAGAAAAAGUGGAGAUGGCGAAGGAAGCGGAGUCUCUGCAAAUCCGAACCUUCGACGAGCUUCCUUCGGCGACGGGCUUCGCCUCCCAAAUCGAGCCGAGCAACGUUCCCGCUGUGUUCGCCGGAUGCGCCAAGGGCUGGGAGGCUCUGCGGAAGUGGAACCCUCGCGACGGAGGCCUCGAUUAUUUGCAGGAAAGAGCUGGGCCUUGUACCGUGGAGGCUAUGCUGUCGAGAUCUGCGCCGUUUUUCUAUGGUGAUCUAAGGAGCCACGAGAGGGUUCCUUUACCCUUUUCGUCCUUCAUUGGAUUUUGUAAGCAACACAUGGAAAAGAAAGAAGAUGAUCAAUCCCAGUGCAUGGAAUCCGGAGAAAGGAACUCAGAAGGGUCCGAGCAAGACCAUGUAGCUCCUAAACAAAUCUAUCUAGCACAGGUACCGAUCAUGAACGUUGAGAACAAAGGCCGGGCUCAAUUGGGAGUUCUGUUGGAAGACAUUCAAACGCCUGCCUUUUUGGACGAAAGUUUACUGGCAUCCGUCAAUCUAUGGAUGAAUAUUGCUGAAGCUAGAUCAAGUACUCACUAUGAUCCACAUCAUAAUCUUCUAUGCAUAGUCAAUGGCACCAAAGAAGUUGUUCUCUGGCCCCCUUCUGCAAGUUCCUUGUUAUACCCCAUGCCUUUGUACGGAGAGGCCUCAAACCACAGCUCUCUAACUUUAGGAAAGCCAGAUCUUUCAUUACAUCCAAGAGCAGAGCACCUGAUGGAUCACUCGCAGAAGGUCAUUCUAAAAGCGGGUGAUGCACUUUUCAUUCCAGAAGGCUGGUUCCACCAGGUCAAUAGUGACAAUCUGAGCAUUGCUGUAAAUUUUUGGUGGCAGUCCAACUUAAUGCGUAGUAUGUCAGAGCACAUGGAUGCAUAUUAUUUGCGCAGAAUACUAAGAAGAUUGACGGAUAAAGAAAUGGAUCUGAUGUUGCCAAAGCCUGCUUCUGCGGAAUGCAAGGUACAUGAAAGUGAUGAAACCCUUAAUGGGGAUGCAGAUGGGGAUAUCCAUAAUAUGGACAAAGUUUUCAUGGAUGGUGAUAUAAAAGGAAAAGAAGUCAAGCUAGAAAGCGCAAUAUGUCAUAUGAAACCUUCGGCACUGCAGGCUCUUCAUGCUCUGGUUUCUCUAGUGCAUGACCGUGUAAAUAUACCCGAUCCAAGUCAGGUGCAACGGCCCUCAUGGGGAAAUGGCUCCACUGCCUGUGCUGAAGGUGCACCUAAGAAUCGUAUAAUUUUUCACUUGGAAGAUGAUCCUGUUGCCAAUAUUCUGUGGAACAUUGAACCACGUACUCUUCGGACUAUGCUUCUUUAUAUGGCGGAAAAAUUCCCAAGGACUUUAGAGGCGCUUAUGCUGCACUUACUCUCACCAGUGGGUGCAGAGGCCCUAACAAGAAAAUUUGAUGAGAUUGAUGCAGAGAGCUCUGAGGAAGAUAGGAGUAAAUUCUACCAGAUCAUAUAUGGUGCACUUGAUGAUCAAUUUGCUGCAAUGGAUGCAAUUUUACUUGGGAAAGAGUCUUUUGCCAUGCAGGCAUUCAGGAAUGUUUUAGACAAAUAUUUGGGGGUGAGCAUCGAGGAUGGACCAAAAUUGUGUGCCCGGUGAAACUUUCAGGGAUAGAAGCUUUGUCAAAGAAAUUUGCUCUCGGCAUACAUCUUGACCAUGAAAAUUGAAACCUUUUAGCAUGACGCCCCAGCAGAGCUAUGGAAGGAUAGAUGCAAUUCACCACCAAGGCACCGACUUUGAGAAGCGUCAAGUUCCUCAAGGGUUUGAUGAAUCAAUGUAACGCACUGAGAUGUCUGUUUGAAAUGAUUUCUACUUUUAAAUUUUAAUUUUUUACUUGCGACUUUCGCUAUUUUAUUUUGUUUUAGCAACAAGAUAUCCAAGGACAGAGACGAUUCCAUUCAAUUAUUUUUGUAAGAAUAGGGCUUUCUUGGACCGCUA